AUGAAUAUUCUUAAUACAGAAGUAGUUCAUAUUAUUGAAGAACACCAUGAUGCCAAAGAAGCAGUUCUAACUUUUGAAAAGUUAGAGCUAACAUAUACACCCUAAAAAUACAAACAUACAAAUAAAUCAGAAUUACCCACCUCCAACCCAUAUAAAAGAGUUAUAUUAAAUAACUUAAGCGGAUACUUUGGAAAAGGGUUAAAUGCUAUCCUAGGAAGCUCUGGUGCUGGAAAAACUUCAUUUUUAAACAUUUUAGCUAAGAGAAUACAAAACACAAAAGAAAUCUAACUAACUGGAAGCGUUAAAGUAAAUGGAGCAUAAUACACAUAUGAAUAUUUCAAUAAAUUUGCAGGUUAUGUUAUGUAAGAUGACUAUCUUUUACCUACUCUUACAGUUAAAGAAUACUUUUAAUUCGCUGCUGAUUUAAGACUCACUUGCUCAGAAGAAGAAAAGAAGACUAAAGUUAAUUAAAUUAUAAAGCAAUUGAAUUUAGGGCGUUGCUAAAACUCAAGAAUUGGUGAUAUAUUAUCAAAAGGAAUUUCAGGCGGAGAAAGAAAAAGAGUUUCUAUUGGUCUUGAAUUGCUCGGAGAACCUUAAGUUCUCUUUUUAGAUGAACCCACAAGCGGUCUAGAUUCUUUCACUUCUUAUCUUAUCAUAAAAAACUUAAAGGAUCUAUCGAUUUAAUUUAACAAAACUAUAGUGUUUACUAUUCACUAACCUUCCUCUGAUAUUUGGAAUUUAUUUGAUAAGAUUACUCUAUUGGCAGAAGGUCAAUUCAUUUAUCAAGGUCCACGCGAAUAGAUUAUUAAUUAUUUCUCAAAAAUUGGAUUCGCUUGUCCUGUUUACAACAACCCUGCUGAUUAUCUCAUGGCUCAAAUGAGUACUUCGGAUAAAAGUAAAAUUCAGUUGAUGAUUUCUGAGUGCAGUAAAAAUAUCAUUCCAGAAAUUGAGCAUGAAAUGCAAGUUAUUUAUACUACACAUUCAUAACCUGUCAUUACUUAAAGUAGAAUAAUUAUAGACGAUAAUCAAAAUUAAAAUAAAGUAGGUGCUUUUUAUAUGCUUUAAAAGCUUAUACAAAGAUAAUUAAAAUAAUUAAGCAGAAAUAGAAUCAUGGUUAAUACACGUUUCAUAUAAAUUUGUACAAUGGGUUUAUUUACAGGAAUUCUGUUCUGGCAAACCAGCGAUGCUGACACAUAUUAAGAUACAUAUUAAAAAGCUAAAAUUCUAUAUAUUUUUAAUCUUGGUAUGUUUGCUCAAAGCAUGAAUCCUUAAGUUAUAAGUUUUGUACAAGAACGUCCAGUUUUCCUUAAAGAAGAAGGUUCAAAUCUUUAUACUGCUUGGUCAUAUUUCCUAUCUAAGGUCCUCCUAGAAAUUAUAUCUUGCUCAUUAUUUGCUUGCUUCAACUCCUGCAUUAUUUACUGGAUGGUUGGAUUUUCUCAAACUGCUUAUUAGUUCUUCUUCUUUAUGUUAAUUUUAGUAUUAUAGUCCAACAUAGGUAAUGCUUUUGGUAUACUUGCAGGCUCUCUUUUUAAGUAGGCAAAAGUUGGAAUGGCCUUUUCUUUAACUUUCAUAGCACCAUAAAUUCUAUUUGGAGGUGUAUUUAAGAAUAGAAAAGAUCUUCCUGAUUGGAUUGGAUGGGCAUAAUACAUGACUCCAACAAUGUAUGCUUUUGAUGCAAUGGUCUAAAAUGAAUUUGCUGAUACUAAUUACACUUAUAAUCCUAUUGAAUACCUUAGUCUUGAUAUUAAUAAAUGGACCUGCGUUGGAAUAAUGAUAGCUUUAUACUUUAUCUACACAGCCAUAGCUUAUGUAUGUCUUCUCCUCAAAAGAGAGAGACUUUAAUGA